AUGGAUGAGCCAGGUCCCGAUCAAAUCGGUCCUUCAAUGACCCGGGAGGAGAAAUGGACUGGAAAGUUGAGACAUGUUCGCAAAGCAUUUACAACAAAGGAGGGCCUCGUUGGCUCAUACGACUAUGCCUUUCUCUUCACCCCAAAUAUCCCUUUCCUGAAGCGCGCCCGGCGUGCUGCCCCCUUCUUCGGUCUAAAUGAUAAGAUGCCCGUGUUCCUCGCUCUUCUUCUGGGGUUCCAACAUGCUCUGGCAAUGUUGGCAGGUGUCAUUACCCCGCCCAUCAUCCUUUCGGGUACCGGGGCGGCGAAUUUGAGCCUUGACGUCUCGCAGUACCUCGUCUCGACAUCCCUCAUCGUGUGCGGGUUGCUCUCAUCCAUCCAGAUCACCCGGUUCCAUAUCUACAAGUCUCCGUACUACAUCGGAACGGGCUUGAUUUCGGUGGUUGGCACAUCAUUCGCAACCAUUCCUGUGGCGCAAGGAGCUCUUCAACAGAUGUAUGACAUUGGGUACUGCCCUAAAGGCGCAAACGGUACCAAGCUUCCCUGCCCAGAUGGCUACGGUGCGAUUUUGGGGACUGCGUGCUUUUGCGCUCUUCUCGAAGUUGCCAUGAGCUUUACCAGCCCGCGGAUGCUCAAGAAGCUUUUCCCGCCCAUUGUGACCGGUCCAACUGUGUGCUUGAUCGGUGUCAAAUUGAUCGACCCAUCCACCGGUCUCUUCCGCCUUUGCCCGAACAUCAAUGCCCCACGGCCACUUCCUUGGGGCUCAGCGGAAUUCAUCGGCCUUGGAUUCAGCGUUUUCGUUACGAUCAUUCUCUGCGAGAGAUUCGGUUCGCCGAUCAUGAAGUCGACUUCCGUUGUCAUCGGUUUGCUCGUCGGUUGCAUCAUCGCUGCAACAGGAUAUUUCGACCGGUCCGGUAUCGACCGCGCUCCAGCGGUUUCGUUUAUUUGGGUCCAUACAUUUAAACUGUCUUUCUACGGCCCUAUCGUGCUACCGCUACUAGCGGUGUAUAUCGUCUUAGCAAUGGAAGUCAUCGGAGAUGUCACGGCCACUUGCGAUGUUUCGCGCUUGGAGGUUGCCGGACCGCUUUUUGAUUCCCGCAUUCAAGGGGGUGUCCUGGCUGACGGACUGAAUGGCAUAUUGGCUGGGCUUUGCACCAUUACUCCGAUGUCCACCUUUGCGCAGAACAACGGGGUCAUUGCCCUAACACGUUGCGCCAACCGCAAGGCCGGCUACGCCUGCUGCUUCUGGCUUGUCGUAAUGGGAAUUUUCUCCAAAUUUGCCGCCGCUCUUGUUGCGAUCCCACCAGCAGUGCUCGGUGGUAUGACAACCUUCCUGUUCUCCGCUGUCGCCGUCUCCGGUAUUCGAAUCGUGUCUACGGUCCCACUCGAUCGUCGAAACCGAUUUAUCCUCACGUGUGCCUUCGCUGUGGGAUUUGGGGCCACUUUGGUUCCGGAAUGGUUUGAUUACGUAUUCACAUACGACGGAGAGAAUCGUGCUUUGAUGGGAUUUUAUAAUGCGAUUGAGUUGCUCAUGGAGACCGGGUUUGCCUUGGCGGCGUUUUUGAGCUUGGUCCUCAACCUCGUCUUGCCCGAAGAAAUCGAGGACGACGCCGAACUUCCCGAAGACGAGGGAGAUAAGGUAGCCGAUGCAAGGUGUCGCAAUGAGGCGGGAGAAUUUCAAGAGGAAAGAUCGGCAUUUCAGCGGAAUCCUGAUGGCAGUGCCCGAGGACUGUACAUUUUUUGCUAG